AUGAGGCCUGGGGAAGGGCCAUUGAAUCACUACAACUUAGACGAGGCGUACAAGUCCCGCUCCUCCGGUAGCGAGCGAACACAGCAAUGUUCACUUGACGAUGGCGAUCAAGUUCUCGAUCCGGACCUGUAUACAACAAGUACACUCACCCGGGUCACGCCCGGGCCCACCACCAUCCCCACACCCGGAGGCCCUCAACUCCACGAGAACGAGCCCAACAACUUCUGA